GAAAGACCACGCUUACCAUGGCCGCUUCGCUAGGGCGGAGCCACACCUAACAUGGACGCGGUGAGGCCCGCCCAGGCCCAGCCCCUGAUGACACUUCUUCGGAAGACGCUAGAGGCGGCGGAAGCGGAAGCGCUGCGGAGGUGGGGGCCGCAGGAAGAGUCUGUCGCGAUUCUAGGUCCCUCUCCACCACAAAAACAGACGGAGGGCCGGCGUAAGUGAGCCGCGGCCUGGGAGGCUGUCGCGACGGUGGAGGUGUUUUGAACUAACUUUGACACUGAGGGAGCACAGCCAUGGGACCACGAAAGAAAAGUGCUAAAGUGUGUGUGAUGGACAGUGAGGUCACUGAGGAAAUGACAGCCGAUGAAGAGAAGGACUACAUGAACCAGCUGUCACAUGAAGUGCUCUGUCAUAUUUUCAGGUACCUGCCACUGCAGGAUAUCAUGUGCAUGGAAUGCCUUUCUCGGAAGCUAAAGGAAGCAGUGACUCUGUAUCUGAGGGUUGUGAGAGUGGUGGAUCUCUGUGCAGGGCGGUGGUGGGAGUAUAUGCCAAGUGGCUUCACAGAUUCCAGUUUCCUAACCCUUUUGAAGAAGAUGCCAGAUGUUGAACAGCUGUAUGGCCUUCACCCUAGAUAUCUCGAGAGGCGGAGAGUGAGGGGCCAGGAGGCUUUCAGCAUCCCAGGAGUCUUGGAAGCUUUGCAAGCAUGCCCAAACUUGGUGGGUGUAGAAACAUCUCAUUUGGAGUUGGUAGAAUCCAUUUGGACAUAUAUGCCGCAUGUUCAUAUUUUGGGGAAAUUUCGUAAUCGUAACGGAGCAUUUCCGAUUCCUCCUGAAAAUAAACUGAAAAUCCCCAUAGGAGCCAAAAUCCAAACUUUGCAUUUAGUUGGUGUCAAUGUUCCUGAAAUCCCUUGUAUCCCUAUGCUAAGGCACCUGUACAUGAAGUGGGUGAGACUCACUAAACCACAGCCGUUUAAAGAUUUCCUUUGCAUCAGCUUGCGAACUUUUGUCAUGAGGAACUGUGCAGGACCAACAAACUCCUUGAAAUACGUGCCCUUGGUAACAGGUCUGGCAUCGGCCCGUAACCUGGAACACUUAGAAAUGGUUCGAGUCCCUUUCCUGGGAGGUCUCAUCCAACAUGUGGUUGAGGACAGCUGGCGAUCAGGUGGUUUUAGGAACUUGCAUACUAUUGUCUUAGGAGCUUGCAAGAAUGCCCUGGAAGUAGACCUUGGCUACCUCAUCAUCACUGCUGCACGUAGGUUACAUGAAGUUCGCAUCCAGCCUUCUUUAACCAAAGAUGGUGUCUUUUCUGCCCUAAAGAUGGCAGAAUUGGAGUUUCCCCAGUUUGAAACCCUUCAUCUGGGAUAUGUAGAUGAGUUCUUGCUACAGAGCAGAAUGGCGAAUGCAGAUUUGGUGAAGUAUGGUUUGGCUGAUGUGGUAGAAAAUCCUGGUAUCAUUACCGAUAUAGGGAUGAAGGCAGUCAAUGAAGUUUUUUCCUGUAUCAAAUAUCUGGCAAUUUAUAACUGUCCUCAUCUACACAACCCAUACAAUUGGAUCUCAGACCACUCUAGGUGGAUGCGACUGGUUGAUAUCAACCUCGUGCGGUGCCAUGCUUUGAAGCUGGAUUCUUUUGGCCAGUUUGUUGAAUUAUUGCCCAGCCUGGAGUUUAUUUCUCUGGACCAGAUGUUCCGUGAGCCACCCAAGGGCUGUGCUCGAGUCGGUCUGAGUGCAGGAACUGGAAUUGGGGUUUCCUCAGCGCUUGUCAGCAACCAGAAUUCCAACAAUGACAAUGACAAUAAUGCUCCGAAUAACAAUGCCAACCUCCAUGAUAACAAUCACCAUCACCCAGAUGAUUCGGAUGACGACAAUGACUUUCGUCCAGACCUACAAGCAGGAGAGGCACAAUUUGCAGCCGAUGCAUUGAAUGAGAUGGAAGACAUGGUCCAGGAAGAAGGAGAGCUGGUAGCCGAGAGUGGAAAUGGUAUGCCAGCUCACAAUCAGGGAGUUCUUCCUAUGGAUGCUGAUGAGGAACAAGCAGGACCUAGUGGUCUACAACGCGUGGUAAAGCCUACACCAAUUGCUGAUCACGAUUCAGAGAGCGAUGAUGAAGAAGAUAGUUUAGAACUCCAAGAAGUCUGGGUUCCUAAGAAUGGUGGCCGGCGUUACUCAGAACGGGAAGAAAAGACUGGAGACUCAGGACAGUCCAGAGAAACGGCAGUGAGUGGGAAAGGCAAGACUCCACUUCGAAAGAGGCACGGCAGCUCCCACCAGACGGGCCAGGCCAAGCCGUUUCCCCCGGAGGAGAGCAGCUGUGAGAAAGGCUGUCAGGUCACCAGUGAGCAGAUCAAAGCCGAUAUGAAAGCAGCUAGGGAUGUCUCUGAAAAGAAAAAAACCAAGGAUGUUCAUCCCAGCUGCAGCAGCAGCAGCAGCAGCAGCAGCAGCACAGCUGCCAGCACAGUGGGAAACGCCAGCUCACCCAGCACUGCUUCCCAGAGCCCGGACUUUGUAAGGACGGUGACCAGCAGUGGCUCUUCCGAGCCCAGCCCUCCAGAAGUGGAUGUAUCCAGGCAGUGUGUCUGCUCCCCUGGUGGGUCAGAGGACUCUGAGACCAUGGAGGAGGGAGAUGCAGAGAGCUCUGUCUGCCCCAGAUGCUGCUGUCUCAGGCCCCAGGAAUCUCAAAGGAGAAAUGGCAGGUGUUCUGAUGAGGAGCGUCCUUCCACCAGCCGAGCCUGUGUUGUGAAUGGCGCGGAUGGUACGAGAUCCGCCUUUUCCUUUAGGACUCUGCCACAAGGGGGGUCUUCAGGCCCAGCACAUGAUGAGAGGACUAAUGGGAGUGGCUGUGGGGCUACAGGUGAGGACAGGAGGGGGAGCUCCCAGCCUGAGAGUUGUGACGUGCAGUCUAAUGAAGACUACCCUCGGAGGCCCCUAACCAGGGCCAGGAGCAGACUGUCCCAUGUACCGCUGAUAUCUGAGUCAGAAGUUGCCAAAACAAAGCCAUGCCAUGCCAUGAAACGAAAGCGAACUGCAGAUAAGUCUACCAGCACCAGUGACCCUGUGAUUGAGGACGACCACGUACAGGUUCUUGUAUUAAAAUCCAAAAAUCUUGUUGGAGUCACAAUGACCAAUUGUGGAAUCACAGAUCUAGUACUGAAAGACUGUCCCAAGAUGAUGUUCAUCCAUGCUACCAGGUGCAGGGUACUGAAGCAUUUAAAGGUAGAAAAUGCACCGAUUGUAAACCGAUUUGACUAUGCACAGUGCAAGAAACUAAAUAUGGAUCAGGUACUAGACCAAAUACUGAGGAUGCCUCCGGAGAGGAACCGGAUCAUCUACCUGCGCCCAAUGCAGCAGGUAGAUACACUAACUCUGGAGCAGAAGCUUUUCAGCGGCCCCUACCCCUAUCACAUCUGCAUCAUCCAUGAGUUCAGCAAUCCUCCCAACGUGCGGAACAAGGUGCGCAUCCGCAAUUGGAUGGACACGAUAGCCAACAUCAAUCAAGAGCUCAUUAAAUAUGAAUUCUUCCUGGAAGCCACUCGGACUGAAGAGGAUUUAAAGAAGUACCCUAAGUAUCCCUGGGGGAGAGAAAUCUACACUUUAGAGGGUGUUGUGGAUGGAGCGCCAUAUUCCAUGAUUUCCGACUUCCCUUGGCUGAGGUCACUGCGGGCCGCAGAGCCCAACAGCUUUGCCAGAUAUGACUUUGAAGAUGAUGAAGAGAGCACCAUCUAUGCUCCUCGAAGGAAAGGACAGUUGUCUGCAGACAUUUGUAUGGAGACAAUAGGAGAGGAGAUCUCAGAGAUGCGCCAGAUGAAGAGGGGCGUAUUUCAGCGAGUAGUGGCGAUUUUUAUUCACUACUGUGAUGUCAAUGGAGAGCCAGUUGAAGACGACUACAUUUAAAUAGACCUUUCCUGGCUCUUCUGGCCCAGAGCGGCCAAGAGUCUACACAGGAACCUUGGGCUUCGAAUUGGGAGGCCCUGGCUCAGUUUGUUAUAUAGGAAAUAUAUAAGGAACAUGGAAAUUGUAUACAAAGAUUUAUAUAUAGAAGAAAUAUACAAAGAUACUUCCAAAAGUAACAUCUUUAUAUCCUAUGUUUAUACAUCUUAAUUUAAAGACAUCAUUUGAAGGCAGGCAAAUCAUUUAGCAGUGGUUGUGUUCUUUUCCUGACUUAGUUCUCAGUGUCAGGCGACUGAGCCCUUUGCCUCUGCUCCUCACCACGUUCGUCCUUCAGUCUGUGCCUUUUUCUUCUCCAGCAGAGCUGUUUGAGUCACCCUGCUAAAGAGUGUUGUAUCUUGUGUGUGUUUUGUUACCACGAUGCCAACUCAACCCUUAGUCAGAGAAGAUUAUGUUUCUGUACUAAGAUGUAGUUCUUCUUUUCUUGUGUUUAUAUUUGGCAUAUUCAUUUACAUGAAAAGAUUGAUGAACUUAAAUAAAUCUGAAGGGCAAAUAGAGA